CUGGCACUUACAUGGUUAACAUCUGGAACAUCUGGACCCUGCUCAUGGUCACAUGACUUUGGGUGAUAUUGCCUUUGCGCAACUUAGUUUCUGUUUUACAGAAAGGAGAUUCACUUGGAAAACCUUGAAGUGAAACAUGCUGAAGCCCUUUCUACUCACCCUCAGCCUGUUACCAUGGAUCCCAGUUUUCCUCUGCGGGACAACCACCGAAGAAGAGCUCUCAGUCAUGGAGGGUCAAAGCCUCACUGUCCCGUGUCACUAUGAGCCCCAGUAUGCCAGCUAUAUAAAGUACUGGUGCCGGGGAAAGAUGAGGGAGUUCUGCUCCAGCCUAGCUCGGACCGAUGAGUCCCAUUCUGCCAAUCCGUCUGAGAAGAAAGUGAGACUCUUUGACGACCCGGUGCAGCAGGUGUUCACUGUUGCCAUUAGCAACCUGAUGGAGGAGGACUCUGGGUGGUACAUGUGUGGCGUGGAAAUUGGUGGCCUGUGGAGCGCUGAUGUUGUCACUCACAAAAACAUCAAGGUCAUUCAUGGUAUGACAGUGGAGAACAGCCGCCUGAAUGAGGAAGAAGGGAGUAGUGUCACAGUUGAAUGCCAAUACAGCGAGAGAUACAGAGAGAGUGAGAAGAAGUGGUGUCGGAGUGGAGACUGGAGCUCCUGUCUGUUGGCGGGAUCUGAAGGGAGCAACGACUCUUCAGUGUACAUCAAAGAUGACAGAUCUGGGUCUUUCACCAUAACCUUUAAGAAGCUUCAGAUGAGGGAUACAGGCUGGUACUGGUGCUCUGCGGGACUUCAAAAGAUGCCUGUGCAUGUGCAGGUCAAACCACGACCCAUGACUAUGUCUGUGACAUCCCAACCUCAGACUGUUGCAAAUCCUCCUCCCCCCAAACCCAUCACUAAGGAGUCGUGGAGCGGUCACAAUUUUAGUCACGUCUUGGGGUCCUUGCUGGUGUGUGGUUCUGUAAUCCUUGUGGGUUUAGCCAUAGUGGCGAGGAAGUGGUGGAAACGGCAAAAGGACCCUGUGCUGAGACAACUUAAUGGGAUGAACGCAAGGCGAAAUGAGUACAGCGAUGUGGGUUGUGACCUGCAGAAUGCUACUGUCGUUUUCCUUAACAAGGAUUCCCAGGACGUACAUAUGUGCUGAGCUUUGUCAGUGCAAUGUUUUAUUACUGCUCUUUGGGCUGAAUGUAUUUUCUUGCUACUUCACUGCACACAGCAGAUACUUUACUUUGAAUGUCUUUUAAACAUGCCAGCACAUUUAAAGGCGCUUAUUAAUAUUUUUGGUCAGAUGUACUGUACGUACUACUAACAAACCUGGGGUCAUGUUAUAUGUUUUAUAGUAUUCUUUUUAUGGAAUGUGGGGAACUUUUGCAAAUUGGUUGGUUACAUUCUAAAGUUUAACACAUUUCAGUUGAUUAGGAAGUUUUUGUUAUUAUUUUCAUAAAUACAAUUAAAUCAAUAAAUACAUAUUUGAUUGAUUAUU